AUUUCCGAAAAUGGGUCAACUUUUGAAAAUAAAAAAAAGUCGUUUUCACAUUUUCAAUGAAAACGGAAACGAAAUGAUGAAAACACGCGGUGGCAGGGUUGUAAUUAUAAUGAAAUUGGUUUCUUUCUUUUCUUUUCGUUCUGAAGGAAGAAAGUGUGUGCCGGCCCUAACCUCUGCAAGUUCUUCUCUGCUACCUCCUUCAUCCCACAACCAAGAUGGGAGGAAAAACUGAGAAGGGGGAGAGCAUGGAAUGGACAACCCAAAACACAAAGAUAUUCAUUGAUAUUAUUUAUGAUCGAGUGAAAAAAGGGCAGCUGCAAGGGUCUACAUUUAAGAAAACAAUAUGGGAAGAAAUAAACAUUGAGUUGCAAAAGACAAGUGGAGCACCCCUACCUGAUGGUGUAGAAAGGCUGAAGGGAAAGUUUAAUCGGCUACGCUUUCAACAUCGUGAAUUUUCAACUUUGAUAUCUCGCACAGGAGUUACAUGGGAUCCUGAGGCUAACAAAGUGAAUUCUCCUGAAGAAGUAUGGGAAGAGAUGUACAAGAAAGGAAAAUUCUACAAGCAGUUUAAGAAACAUGGAUUUGAGCAUGACUAUUAUAUCCUUGGUGAGAUAUUUAAUUCUAGUACAGCAACUGGAAAGUUAAGUCAAGCUUCUACUCAAGAGCCACCAAACUCCGAUGAAGAGAGAGAGAAAUAGAGGAAGACUUUCUCUCAAAAGGUGUUCAUAUUGAUUCUAAAGUUAUUGAUGUUGAUGGAGAGGAUCUGCAAGAAGUUAGUAAAAGGAGAAAAGUCACUGGGACUUCUAGUGAAGGUCGUCGUAAGGAAGCAAAAAAUUCAAGGCUGGAUGUGUUAGAAUCAGCAGUGACCAAAUGGUCUAACGCAAUGGAUGCAAGGGCAGAUAGAUAUAAAAAUGAAGUUGAUUCUUCUGCAGACGCAUGCAUUAAAUUAUUAGAUUCCAUGGAUGGUAUUUCCCCAAAAGUUUUCAGCAUUGCCGUGGAGAAGUUUACAAAUAAGGAUUUGAGAAAAAUGUUUAUAGCAAUGUCUUCAAUUAGGAAAAUGGAUUGGCUAGCAUCUCUUGAGUAGUAUCAUUUAAUUGAUUCUAAUUUUAUGUUAUUUUGUUUAUGAGAUUGAAGAUCGGAUUUUCUUGUUUUGUUUCCUUGUUAGUAUUGAAUUGCUAUGAUAUGCGUUUAAUGGGUUGACAUUAUUUUUUAGUAUAUGAAUGUUUUCAUAUUAUUGAUAAUAAUUAAUAUUAUUAUUUAAUUGAGCAGGUUAAAAUGUCUAUAGAUAAAUCUAUGGAUUGUUCAAGUGAAAGUAGCACUGACUCUUAUUUGGAUGACUUUGGAGAUAUUAUUAUUGCUUCAUUGGUCAUGGAAUACCAGCAGAGUUUUAUUAGUAAAACACCAUGCAGAAAUUCCAAGUUGACUGGAAGGAUGUAUACUCUAGAAUUUUUGCUUGGUAAUGAAACUACAUGCUAUGAUAAUUUUAGAAUGAAGAAGACCGUGUUUCUGAAUUUUUGCGAAACUUUGAGAGAUGUUGGAAACUUGAGAGAUGGAAAAAAGGUGAGCCUGCAAGAAGCAGUUGCAAUGUUCUUGAUCAUAGUGUGUCAUAACUUGCGUCAUCGACUCGUUGCCGACCGCUUUCAACACUCAUUGCAUACAAUAAGCAAAUGGUUUAGAAUUGUUCUAAGGGCAGUCUGCAAGUUGGGCACAACCAUUAUUCGACCAAGAAAUCAGACAACUACACAUCCAUAUAUUAUGGGCAACCCAAAAUAUUUCCCUUAUUUUAAGAACUGCAUUGGUGCUAUUGAUGGCACACAUGUAUCUGCUUGGGCUCCUGCUACUAAACAAACUGCAUUUCGUGGAAGAAAGGUCUUGAUAACACAAAAUGUUCUGGCAGUAUGUGAUUUUGACAUGCUAUUCACAUUUGUUUAUUCUGGUUGGGAAGGGACAGCAAAUGACGCAAGAGUGUUUUUAGAUGCUUUGACUCCUGAAAACAAUUUUCCAAAGCCAGAAGGAGGUAAUUUUUAGUUUUAAUAAUGAAUUUUACCAACAUAUUUUUGUUAUUCAAUAGAUGCUCUAUUUUUUACAGAUCAAUUUUAUCUUGUUGACUCUGGAUUUCCAAAUGUGUCUGGCUAUCUUGCCCCAUUUCGGAGGCAAAGGUAUCACAUGCGAGAUUUUCGUGAUGGGGUAAGACCACAACGAAAACAAGAAUUAUUCAACU